AUGUCCUUUAAGGAAUUAUUCGAAUUGCAUAAGCCCUUAGUUACUUAUCUUGAUCGAAUUGUCACAUAUCUAGAGGAUCCAUUGAAUCAUUUGUUAGAUCAGCUUGGCACUGUACGAAAAUGUAUCAUUUUAAAAGAAACCUCCAGUUUAGUUGAACAAAGUGAUGUCAACCGACUGUAUGACAUUUUAAAACAAUCAAUAUGUAAAACAUAUCACUCAGUGGACAAUAUUCAUUAA